UACAAGUGACCGUAAUUGUGGACACCUCAAAAUAUCUGUCUUCCUCACCAUACCUAUUGUUUUGAUACUUGUAAAAGUUGGUUUUCUUGGUGAGGGCUGCUGAAUGAGUUGUGCAAGUGUCCUCACAUGGCAGGAUGAGCGGCGUAAAAUGCUGACAAAGAUUUCCUGUCAGGAAAUGGUCACAUGGGAGGUGAAACUACUUUACACUUCAUAAACUUGUGGAGGAAUCAAAGAGGAAGGGAGAACAGCAGAACGGUAGGAACGUCUUAUUUUACAUAUUUCACAGAAGAUCUGUAGCUUUGAUUUAGGCAGAUACUUAUUAAAAUAUCAAGCAUCCUUAAAUUUAUGCAAUGGCUUUUAGAGCAUUUACACAGACACACGUCUAUGAAAAGCAAGCAGUCCCAAAAGAAAAGGACAAAUCCAGCAUCCAGUGCCUUGAGUGCUAUGACCGAAAUGUGUAUUUAGGGACCAAAGAUGCAACAGUCCAGCAUCUCAUCCUUCCCAGUAGCACAAAGGGAGACCUGAGUCCUGGCCAGAGCAAAACCAGAGAAGGUAGGGCAAGAAAACUAGGCUCAAGCAACCAAGUAGCCCAACUGAGGACAGUCCCACUUUUCAACCAUCUGCUGGUCCUGUGCGACCGGAGUGUUAUUGCCCUUAACAUGUUCUCCUUAGAGCCCAUUCCAGCUCUGAAGAAGAUCCAGCAUGUGUCUUUGUUUGAGGUGUGCGACUCAUCGCUCACAGCCCAGGCAGCAUGUGUGGAGAUGGUGACUUCCUCCAGCCGCAGGAAGGUGAUCCGCAUCCACGUGAUGGGAGUGGACAGGUGGGAGGUUGUAAAGGAAGUCCCUCUGCUCCAGGACCCUGUGGCCUUGGCAGUAGAUGGCGCCUGUCUGUGUGUAGCUACCAGCGACAGGUAUCUCCUCUGUGAUAUUCAGACUGGGUGGAGUGAGGAGCUUUUUCCACACAAUCACAGCAGGCAGCGUGUCAUUGUUACCUCAGUGGGACGAGGGGAAUUCCUCCUGAACGGGCCUGAAUCUUUGGGCAUGUUUGUGAUGAAGACAGGGAUAUGCCAGCGCCCUCCCCUGCAGUGGCCUCAGGAGGUGCUGGCAGCCGGAGUAUGUUUCCCUUACAUCCUAACCCUGCAGCCCCAAGUGCUGUCUGUCUACAGCAUGGUAGAUCAGCAGCGCAAACAGACAGUGAGUCUCAGCGGAGCGAAGGGUCUGCUCUCCACAUCAGAUGGUGUGUUAGUGUUCACAGAGAGAGACAUUUUCAGCCUGCGUCUGGUGCCAUUCGAAGAGCAGAUCCAGGCACUUGUAAGGCAUGAGAGGGUGGAGGAGGCCUUAUUGUUGCUGGAUGGAAUUCAAGACCAUAGUCCACUUGACUCAUACAAGGAGCUGCAGAAGGCCAUCACUUGCCUGGCUGGAUUUGUUCAUUUUUACCAGCAGGGUUUUUCCGAGGCCAGAGAUCUAUUCAUUACAGGUGAGCUGGACCCCAGAGAAAUCAUCCGUCUCUACCCAAACAUGCAGUCGUGUCUCAGCGAGGACUUUCAAUCCCAGCUUGAUCAAGUGAACAAGGGCAGGGAUCUCCAGGUGGUCUGGCAAGAGAACAGAAACGCAUUUCAUCAUUACCUGGCCUUUCUGGGAGAUUUGCUCAGAGCAGUGAAGGGGACGGAGCAAGGCCUGAAGUGCAUUAAGGAGGUGGACUGCGCCCUCCUGAGGCUCUACGUUGAACUGGGAGACAAUGAAAAUCUGCAGCAGCUUGUGGAAUUUCCCAAUGAGUGUGGGCUGGAUCAAUGUGUGCCUAUUUUGGAGCAGCACAACAGAUUUUUUGCAUUAGGCUCCCUCUAUCAAAGCCAUGGAAAUCAAAUUUAUGCAAUUAAGACUUGGAUGAAAAUUGCAGAUGGCUUCCACAAAGACCCCUCUUGCUCAGAUGUAUAUGGACACAUAGUGUGGACUCUCAGUCAACUGCAAGACAGAGAUGCUGUGUGGAAAUUUGCAGACUGGACUCUGCAAAAAAACCAGGAGAUUGGUGUGCAGAUUUUCAGCAGGCGUCCACCAGAUGAUCGAUUUGAGGUACAAGACGUCCUUGCUCUUUUGGAGAAGUACCCACUGGCAGUGCUUUUGUAUCUUGAGUUCUUAAUCUAUGAUUUGAACAGUGAGGAGGAGAGACAUCACAACCGUCUGGCCCUGGCAUAUGUUACUCAGAUGCUGCAAAAGGAAGAGGAAACAGAUUUGAAGGAGACCAGAGGGAAGUUGCAGCAGCUGCUAUGGGAAUCCAAAUUUUACGACAUCUCCACUCUGUAUGAGAUAGUCAAGUCAACAACCUUGCACAUCGAGAAAGCUAUUCUCCUCGGCAGGACCGGUGAACACUCUCAGGCACUGCAGGUGCUUGUUCACCAGGAGCGAGACCUCCAGGCUGCGGAGGACUACUGCUGCAGGGCUGCCCAGGGCCAGAACUCACAGUUCAGGCAGACCCUGCUGCUGACCCUGCUCCAAAUCUACCUGUGCUCCAAAGAUCUCACCAGCGCUGCCGUGGAUCUGCUCAACAACAACCCUCGGGUCUUUGCUGCAGAGAAGGUCAUCCAGCUCUUGCCGGAUUCCUGGUCUGUUCAACUGGUCUCCCAGUUCUUAGUAGGAUCCCUCAGAGAGACCUUGCACCAGAGGCGGAUGGCAAGGCUGCAAACGGCUUUGGGCCAGGCGGAGCUCAUGCGGCACAAGGUCAUUUGGAUGCAGGCCUCAAACACAAAGUUCAGACUGGAAAAGGGGCAGAAGUGUGAGGUUUGUCAGAGAGACCUUGCAGAGACACAGUUUGCCUGUAACCUGCACGGUGAGCUGAUGCACACAAGCUGCACUGGCUUUUCAUCAUCGUAAAGUCACAGAUAGAUCACCGUAGAUGCGUCUCUGUACUCUUGAGAAUCACAUUCAUUUCUAGCCGGAUAAGUGUCUGCUUCCUACCUGAUAAUUUUUCUAGAUUAGACUGUGUCAUCUAGGCAAACUCUGUACAAGGAUUCAAUUUAUGGACCUUAGACCAGACACAUUCCCUAAUUAGAAAAAAGAAAAUACAUUGUGUAAAUAACUGGUUUCAAAAUGCAAAAGAGCAAGCAGUGCACUUUUUAAGGGCGGCAUGUCUGAGCCAUUUCCUAGAGACAUUGUAGACAGCAUAGCUAUAAAGUGAAUUGUGGAGGAUACUCAUGGGCAUAUAUUCACUGAUCAUACAGUGGUGUUUUACAUGGAAACCACCUGUGGUCAACCUGAUGACCAGAGGGAAUUUGACCAUCCUCCAUCACUGUAUAUAUGCAUCCCCGCCAUCAUGGUUUCCACUGACUGUGUAUAUUUGUCUGCAUAGAGCUGGAAAUAGAAAGUCAACAACUGCAAGGCUGCAUGUGAGAGACUUUUUUAUUUAGCUUUUGCAUUAAUAUACAUUUAUGACCAAAAACAAAAUCACAAUUACAGGUUUAAAAAUGAAAAGCAAACAGGUCGAGGAAGUGCGGAGUUUUGGGUCAUUUCUGUUAAUUUUACAAGCUACCAAAUUACAUAUCUGUGCUGUGUAUGGAACAUGAAAUCAGAGGCAAUUUUUGCCAACAUCAUCCCUAUAUCAUUAGGGAAUAAGACACACAUGUGCUCCAAAUAAUAACACACAAACUCCAGAUGUAUUUGUCUAUUUUUGUUCUAAUUAAGUCAUUAAGGCUAACCCUGACUGUGAGUAUUUCUUUAUCCUGAAACAUUUUGGGACAGGAGUUAAGGAGACGCCUAAAGUAGUUGGAAUAGUAAAUUGUGCAUUUGGCUGGACUGCUUGUACGUUUUUGGCCUGGGGUGAGUGACUAAUUGCAAUGUAGAUAAGUAAUGAAUUUUGAGCAUUUUGGAAGGGAUGAUCUCUUUGUGAUGCUUUUGCCAAGAUUUCUUCUGUUUUUCUCUCCUAAUAAAGUUUUUGUGGGA